AUGCCCUCCACGGAUCGUUCCGACCACACCAAGAGAAAGAAGCCCCGAUACCAUCUACCGCGGCUUCGUCUCCGUUCCAAGAAAGCACAAUUGCAACUCGAGGACUUUGACGAUGUGUGUUACAAGAUGGAGAUCGUUCGACUGGGGGACGACAGCAACGACUCAGCAGACGAUCAAGUGGCGUUGCUGGAGUCCAUUUUUCUGGCUUUGUUCACGCUAUUCCUGCUCGGAGGCUGCGUUGCUGUGGGGUUUGCCACCCACCUGAUCGAAUACUCGCGCGAAGCGUUGAGUUGGCUGCUGCCGAUGCUGCUGGUACCGACCGCAUGGGUCAUAGCACUCAUUGUAUGGGAGCGUCGCGCUAUCUCUAUGCAGCGUAAGAUAGCAACACAAUAG